AUGAUGUAUCCGGUAGCGACAGGCCCUAAUGCCAUUCCAGUCUCCCUUGAGUGGGGAAACCAGCUCCUCAGCACUGCGGAAAGAACCAACACGAGCAAUGGGCACGCGGAAGGGACUCAGCCGCUUUCGGAAACGCGGUGGGAGUCUGGGUCGGCGCCGAUCCUGAGUGGAGAGGCUCCGGAAGCGACGACGGAUAGCAGCAGGAAGCCUGCAGAGGCAACAGAAGACGGCUGUAGGUCAGAUGCGACAGAGAUUGUGCCACACUGGUGGAGGGAAACUUGCACGAAAGAGUCUUUCGACCAAGGGAGCAUUGUGUUAUGUGGAUGCGACGGUGGUGCUUCGCGUUGA